AUGGUGAGUGAAUCGUUUGUGCACGCUUGCGCCGGCGGCGCCGGAGGCCUGGUCGCCAUGACUGCGACCUAUCCGCUUAUGGGUAUCUCGACUCGUGCAGCGGUCGACCAGUCCAAGAACCCCGGCGAGUCGGUGGUCAAGGCCGUGACCAAGGUGAUCGCCGCCGAGGGCAUCCUCGGCCUUUACGACGGCCUGGGAUCGUCGCUCCUGGGCAUCGGUGUCUCGAACUUUGUAUACUACUUCUUCUUCGAGGCAUCGCGCGACUUUAUCCUCACUUCGAAGAAGCUCACGUCGACCAGCGCGGCGCUCGGCACCCUCACCACCGCCGAGAGCAUCCUUGCGGGGCUCCUCUCGGGCACGGCCACGGCGCUGAUCAGCAACCCGAUCUGGGUCGUGAACACGCGCCAGACGGUGCGCGCUACGCACAAGGAUGCGAACGAGCCGGCUGCGAACAGCACCGCGCCGCCCAAGCAGGUGAUCCGCCGCCUGUCGUUCCUCCAGACGCUGCGCAACAUCGUCGAAAAGGACGGCGUGCAGGCCCUCUGGAAGGGCAUCGGCCCGGCGCUCGUCCUGGUCACCAACCCGGUGCUCCAGUACACCGUCUUUGAGCAGCUCAAGGCCUGGGUCCUCCGCUCGCGCGCCGCGCGCCAGGCCCCGGGCUCGUCCAAGCCGCUGCUCGGCGACUUUGACUUUUUCUGGCUCGGGGCGCUGAGCAAGCUCGUGGCCACGGCCGUGACCUACCCGCAGAUCGUGAUCAAGUCGCGCCAGCAGGCCAUGAGCAGCGAGGCGUCCAAGGGCCGCAAGAAGGUCAACGUCUACACGGCCAUGACCGAGGUCAUCCAGGACGAGGGCUUUGCGGGCCUGUACCGCGGCAUCUCGUCCAAGCUCCUGCAGUCGAUCCUCACGGCCGCCAUUUUGUUCACGUCCAAGGAGCGCAUCUACCUAAUCACCAAGACCCUCCUCACGCCGGCCGUGGCUACGGCCUAG